CGAAGAGAGAGUUCUGAACUGCCAAGAAUAAUAACGAGAGAAAACCGUUAAAUAUUGAUUAUUUCAGCAUUCACGGAAUUUCGCGCUAUUAGAGAUUUUUUUUCUCUUAACCUAACUUCGCGCGCGAAUCUUACAAUCGAUAGCUCUCCGCUUGCAUCACGACGGAGGUCAUCCGCUAGGUCAAAGUGGUCAAACCGUCGAACCUUCAUUCCUCGUCGAACGGUCCGUGAGGGUUGUCGCGCGUGUCACAUUAGUGUUUUUAUCUCAGCAAGGCGUUUCUCAUUAGCAAGUAAUUACAUCAAAAUGCCUAUACAAAGCAUCAAGGCUCGUCAAAUCUUUGACUCUCGUGGAAAUCCCACAGUAGAGGUCGAUCUCGUCACUGAAGUUGGUUCCUUUCGUGCAGCUGUGCCAUCUGGCGCAUCUACUGGGGUUCAUGAGGCCCUGGAACUGAGAGAUAAUGAUAAAUCUAAAUAUCAUGGAAAAUCUGUUUUUAAAGCCAUAGAGAAUAUUAACUCUAUUAUUGCUCCUGAACUGUUAAAGGCCAACUUGGAAGUUACACAACAAACAGAUAUUGAUAAUUUUCUGCUGAAACUAGAUGGUACACCAAAUAAAUCCAAACUUGGAGCAAAUGCGAUUUUAGGUGUGUCGUUAGCAGUUUGCAAGGCUGGUGCUGCUAAAAAGGGUUUGCCCUUGUACAAAUAUAUCGCUGAAUUGGCUGGCAACAAUGAUAUCAUUUUGCCAGUUCCAGCAUUUAAUGUAAUUAAUGGUGGUUCUCAUGCUGGUAACAAGCUGGCUAUGCAGGAGUUUAUGAUUUUACCUACUGGUGCAGCUAACUUUACAGAAGCCAUGAAAAUGGGCAGUGAGGUGUACCAUCACUUGAAGGCAGGUAUCAAGAAGAAGUUCGGCCUCGAUGCAACUGCUGUCGGUGACGAAGGUGGAUUCGCACCAAAUAUUUUGGAAAAUAAGGAAGCUCUUAACUUGAUUAUAGAUGCUAUUAAGGCUGCCGGUUACGAUGGAAAGAUCAAAAUCGGCAUGGAUGUUGCCGCUUCCGAGUUUCACAAGAAUGGAAAAUACGAUUUAGAUUUCAAAAAUGAGAAAUCUGAUCCGACCACAUACUUGGAACCAGAAGCAUUGAAAAACUUAUAUUUGGAAUUUAUCAAAGAUUUCCCGAUCGUAUCAAUUGAAGAUCCUUUCGAUCAGGAUGGUUGGGAUUCCUGGACGGCCUUGACUGCGGCUACUCCUAUUCAAAUCGUCGGUGAUGAUCUUACUGUCACAAAUCCUGAGAGAAUCAAGACGGCUAUCGAAAAGAAGGCUUGCAACUGCUUAUUGUUAAAAGUCAAUCAAAUCGGUAGUGUAACCGAAUCUAUCAAUGCGCACAAGCUCGCUAAGAGUAAUGGUUGGGGUACAAUGGUCUCUCAUCGUUCCGGAGAGACUGAAGAUACAUUUAUUGCCGAUUUGGUCGUUGGUCUUUCAACCGGUCAAAUUAAAACUGGCGCGCCUUGCCGCUCGGAACGUCUGGCCAAGUAUAAUCAGAUUCUGCGUAUCGAGGAGGAGCUUGGUGCUGCCGCUAAAUAUGCUGGCGAGAAAUUCCGCAAUCCUCAUGCUUAAAUAAAAUUGUAACAUACCUGUCACAGUUCGUUAUCAUAAAGCUUUAGCUAUCUCUAAUGUUAUGUGAAUGAGUCGUUUACUUUCGUCAUCGCAUUAGAUGUGAUGUAGUCUGAGGACUUGUAUUAUUUUUGUAACCCUGAUAAAAUACAUCAUAUAUAACAAUAGAGAGCAUGCUAAAUACAGUUAUUCUAAUCAAUUAAAAGGGAUCUUGACUUAAUUGAAAGAAAACAGAUUGUAUCGAUAGAUCCCCUGCCGUUAAAACCUGUAAAUCGUAUCUGUAAAAAUAAAAUUCACUUACAGAUUCGAGAA